GGAAAUCACGACUUUUUAAACAGUCCGACCGUAGAGUCGGUGACGGCCUAUAAGAGCCAUUUUGGUGACGACUAUUUCACCUUCUGGGUCGACGGCUGUAUGUUUAUUGUAAUCAAUGUCCAGUUUUAUAAGGAUCAUAAAAAUGUGCUAGCUCUUUACGAUGAGCAAGAUAAAUGGAUUGCUAAACAGCUCCUGGAGGCCAAAGCAGGCAAUUAUAAGCACGUGGUUGUCUUUCAACACAUCCCGUGGUUUCUGAAUGAUAUCAACGAACCAUAUAAAGGGGAUGGUGAAAAAUUCCAAGCGGCCGGAGUGCGGGCCAUAUUUGCCGGUCAUUAUCACCACAACGCCGGCGGCUUUUACAAAAACAUGGAGGUCAUAGUGACGUCGGCUAUCGGCGCCCAAUUGCCGCCAACAAAUGCCAACUCUGGCUACCGAGUGGUCACCGUUGAUGAAGAUAAAAUCAGUCACAAAUACGUGGACAUUAAAGUAUCGAGCUCUAAUUCGAUGUUUGAUUUUAAC